AUGACCAAGGUGGAACUCGUAACGACACUGUCAGAGUUUGCCGGAAUCAGUCGUCGUGAAACCGCCGCGGUUCUCGACGGACUGCGUGACCUGGCGAUUGAGGAACUCAAGGCUGGCAACGGCUUCAUGCUCCCGGGAAUCGCCAAGUUUUCGGUUGCUCACCGGGAAGCGAGAAUGGGCCGGAACGUCCGCACGGGGGAAGCCAUCGAGAUCCCGGCGCGGAAUGUGGUGAAAUGUAAGGUUUCACGUCCCUUCCAAUCCGACUGCUGCGACUAG